AUGCAGCCCGACACGGACGCCAUGAAGCCGCGCGCGCGGGCCGUGAGCUCCGACAACGCCAAGCCCACCAUCGUACUCAACCUGCCGGGCGUCCGCGUGGCCGUGCUCACGAGCGCCUACGACUCGCUGCUGCACCUUGACGUGACCCUGAGCUCGGCCGCCUCGCUGUUGCUCGCCACCUACGUCGCCUGCGUGCUGGCGUGGAACAUCCUCUCGUUCGUGCUGGCCCUGCUGGCAGAGACCGCCGCGUUCGCGCUCAUCAGCUUCUACACGUUCAUGGGGCUCGCCAUGUUAUCCAUGAACGCCACAGACGAUGCGGCCGCCUCCAAGAGAAAGGAGCUCCAGGCCCCGGCUGCUCGGCGUCGUGUGCUGGUGCACCUGAACAGGAACCGCUUGCUGGUCAACGUCGUGCCCGGCGAUAUGCGCCGCCGCGUGGAUAUGAACCUGGGCGAGGCCAACAUCCGUGUGGGCAAGGCGUUUAUGCAGGCCGUACCCGGCCAGCGCAAGCCGCGCGAUAUCUACGUCGUGCGCGUGGACUGCGGUGCCCAGUCGGCUACUCAGGAGAAGCACUUGAACCCCGUGAUCAUGUGGGACGUGACCACUUCGUUCGACGAGUUCAAGCAGCUCGAGCGCGAGCUGAAGAGGGAGGUCAAGACCAAGAAGGAGUGGCGCAGCGUCAAGGUGCCGCACCUGUCGAGCGGCGCGGUGCUGUUCGUGCAGCCCGAGCUAACGGACCACGUGCUGAACGCGCGCCGAGCACGCCUGCAGACGUUCAUCGACGCUGUGCGCUCCGACCGGGUGCUCUCCACCACGGGUUGCUUGCGCAAGUUCUGCCAGGCUUACUAG